AUGGAAGAGGGCCCCUAUGUAUUGCUGUACCCAGAUGGUUCAGAGGUGAAAAACAUUCCAGGAACAAACACCCCUUUCAAACUACACCUGUACAAAGAAGCAAUUGGAAAGGCUUAUCAAGGAAUAACACUGUUUAUAAGCACAUUUCAAGACUUUUUAGCCAAUGACUGCUCUGGGGAUUCUUCUAGCGAAGACAGUGAAGCGCAAGUAAAGUCUACCUCUCACAGUCCGCAUUAUGAGAGUGACACUUUGAUAUGGGAUGUUCCAGAUGAAGCAAGCACACCAAAUGCAGGAAGCACAUCAAACAGACCCCCUGAUCUCUCUCUGCCUUUUUUGGACCAAGAAGCAGGAAAAAAAGGAACAAAUAUCCAAGAGAACAGACAUGGCCAACAAAAGUGCUACACCAAUUACACGCGUCUCUAUGCCCCAAUAAUAAUUGAAAGUGACUCGGAAGUGUCCGAUGAUAGCAGACAACAUGUUCAAGAAGAAAGCACAGAUGUAUUAACUUCUGCAGACAUUGUGUCAAAUCUCUCAUUGAAGAUAAUAAAAACAUCUUGCAGCAGAUUCAACAUAAAUAGAGCCGAUGUUUGGGAUGGAGCAAUUCGUGGAUUCAGACGUGCAUCAUACAACCCAUCACACGACAUGCUUGUUAAAUUCACAGAUGACGAAGGCACAACUGAGGAUGCAGUGGACACAGGUGGUCCCAAACGUGAGUUUCUAACCCUCCUAAUGGACUGUUUAAGGACACAGAGAAUCUUUGAUGGUCCAGCAAAUAGGAGAUUUCUCACCUUUAACAGUGCAGCUGCCAGAGAAGAUGAAUACUUUCUUGCGGGGCAGAUGAUUGCAGUUUCUAUUGUUCACGGUGGUCCAGGUCCUCGCUUCCUCUCAGAUAUGCUAUACAAUCACCUCACUGGAAGGACUGACAUUAAUGGAACAGUUGAAGAUAUAACAGAUGAGACCAUGAAGGCAGCUUUACUUGAGAUAUCUAGUGCAGCAUCUUUGGAUGAAUUACACAUGCUUAUGGAUAAGUAUGCCAGCUUGCUGCAGACUGCUGGAUGUUUUGAUUACCCACAAAGUGUAGAAGGCAAAGAAAACAUUGUUAAGGAUUUCAUACAGUGGUACAUAAUUUACAGAAACCAAUACUCCGUACAAAGAUUUAGCGACGGUCUUUCCACCCUGGAUGUCAUCCAUGCCCUGGAACAACAUCCAAGUGUAUUCAGACCCUACAUGUGCUACAAUGUUGAGAAACUAACACCUGAAUCACUGGAGGCUGUCUUCAAGGCUCAGCUCAGUGAAGUUGGUAGCACCAGACGACACGAAGAAACAAGGAUUCUAGGAUACUGGAGAGACUAUCUGCUUGACACUGGAGAACAAGAAACUGGAAUCUCCCUCCAGGACAUCCUGAUGUUUGCUACAGGACUGGAUUCACUGCCUCCUUCAACAUUUGAGCCUCAGCCCCAACUGACUUUUGAGAGGACUUCUAAAUUUCCCAUUGCCAGCACAUGUGCCAAUACAAUCAAAUUGCCAAUGUCCAAAAGCUAUGAAGAGUUCAAAAAUGCAAUGGACUUUGGUAUCCAAAACUCACCUGGUUUUGGAUUGCACUGAGUAGAACAAUGUAAAAUGUUAAAGGGUUAGUUCAGCCAAAAAUUAAACUUCUGUCAGUAAUUACUCGCCCUCAUGUUGUUCCAACCCCGUAAGACUUUCGUUCAUCUUCGGAACACAAAUUAAGAUAUUUUUGAUUACAUCUGAGAGCUGGAUCACUCCUCCAUAGGCUUCUAAGGGAUUGAAACUUAAGAUUG